CUCUAAUGAUUCUAAGAAUCAUCCUAGUGAUGACAUGUGGCUACAAAAAGAAGUUGUAAUGCUUCUCAAAUAAUAUAUAGGGGAUUAAAAUUAGUUAAUGUACUUGUUAGUUAUUUAAUUUGCUAAUUCAAAUCGAAAAUGAUAUGUAACUGUGGUUUUAGAGACUAGCAAUGGAGCGACCGAGCAUAUACUUAAUACUGUGAUUCUACAAUUUUUUUUGCUGUUGUGAUUGGUUAACACUUCAAAGAAAAAACAGAACUGCCGAAUAAUUAUACUCAUUACGCCGACUACUAACUAAAGUGCGUAAGUUAUAAUUAAAAAUCAUAUGGGUUAGUAGUGAUCACGAUAGACCUAUGAAGCUGCGAUGGCUAAGAGCUUUCUAGAAGGAUGCAAAUAUCAAAGUAGGACCUACGAAAGAUGGCUAAGAUUAGUAAAGAGAAAGUUCUUUUUUUUUUGUUGAAAGUUUGGUUUAUUCAUGUUUGUUUUGUCUUUGCCAUCACAUUGGAUUAUAAAAUCUCAAUUUGAUGAUCUUUCCCUCCCUUAUGUGUGGCAACUGCAAAUUCUUGGUGAUAACCCAUAACAUAAGUUUCCUACCUAUUUCUUUGCUUUCCUGUACUUUACCAUUUAUUUUGAUGAGGUUCAUCGUGUGUCUUGUUUUGCAAGCCUUGUUGGUUCAUUAUUGCUUAUAUCCAAUUUGUAUUUCAAGCGAAAACCCUUAUAAAAAAUAAGUGAUUAAAAGUGGAUAAUUAUACUAUAAAUAUUAAUAUUAUAGUAAUUUGACUUUUGUAAAAUUGAUAAAAAUGUUUUUUCAUAAUUUAGAUAAAACAUCGUUAUCAUUUCUUUUACUUAAGUUACGUACAUAUUUUUUUUUUGAAAAAUGUCAUUUAGCUUUUUGUUUAACCAAAUUUUUGUAUUAACAUAAUAAAAACGAAUAUAGCAUGGUAACAAAUGUCACUAACUUGUUCUAAAGUUGAUGAAAUCUAUAAACCAUAACAUGCAACUUAUUACACUUUUCUAACUAAAAAUUUAAAAUGUCAAGAGAUUUCAGUAAUACUAUGAAUGAAACUUGCAAAGCAUGGGUAAAAGAAUCUGAAAUUGAUCAAUUUUAAAUGAUUCCUUUCAUAUAAUAUGUUUGAUAAAUGAAAUAUAAGACCAUGUCAACGUAUUCAAAGUAACCGAACUAUUAUGACUUUCACUCCCACCUCAAUUGGAAAAGUCUCCCUGUCUACGUGGAGCUCAGCUAGUGACACAUUUGCUGAUGUCACAACCCCCAAACUGGUCCCACCACCCUCUUUGAGUCUUUCCUCCUCUCUUCUUCUCCAAGCCUUCAACUUUUCAAAUAAUACUUCUCUAUAAACUUCACAUUCUUCUCCUCAUAACUAACUUCAAUUAAAAAAACAAAACCUUUAAGCAUGAAGAGCUUCUUCGAUGGUGGUCCUAAUCGAAAGCAACCAGCUUUACUAGCUGUUGUCCUGUUACUACUACUAACCAUGUCGGAGCUAGCUUCUGGUCAACCGAGCCAAUCCGACCCGAACAACCCGUAUGACUACGGCGGCAGGUUAAGUCCAGUCAUGGCUGUUGUCGUGGUGGUCGUGAUCGCUCUUCUCUUCUUCAUGGGCUUCUUCACCAUCUACCUCCGUCACUGCACCAGCGCAUCCGACGGCGGCAGCGUUAACCCACGUGUAGGCGCGAGGAGAGUGAUAAACUCGACGGUGGCGCGUGGGCUAGACGCGGAGAUGCUCGAGACGUUCCCUACUUUCGUGUACUCUGAAGUUAAGACGCAGAAGAUAGGUAAAGGCGCGUUGGAGUGUGCGAUAUGUCUGAACGAGUUCGAGGACGACGAAACGCUGCGUUUGCUGCCUAAGUGCGAUCACGUGUUCCACCCUCACUGCAUCGACGCGUGGCUGAAGAGUCACGUGACUUGUCCGGUUUGCCGGACCAAUCUCGCUGAGCAAGAGCAGACAACAGCUGGGCCGGUCGAACCGGAAGUUGUAACCGAAAUUGAUCUCGAGUCGCAGCAAACGGUGGUUCCUGAACCGGCGGUGGAAGGUGGGAGUGUGGCACGUGUCAAGCUCCCGAGGUCGCACACGACGGGGCAUUCGGUGGUGUUACCUGGAGAAUGUACCGAGCGGUUUACGUUAAGGUUACCGGAAGAGUUAAGGAAAAAGAUUAUGGCAAAUUGGAAGAUGAACCGGUCGAAUAGUCUUUUGGUUCGAUCGAGGAGUGGUAAACCGGUUGAACGGUCAAGGGCUCGGUCGGACCGGUGGUUGUUUAUCAAAACACCGUCGUUUUUGUGGAGGAGUAGGGACGAUGGUUCGAUUAGGCUAGGUGGUAACGGUAGUGUCAAAGCAAAUGCAGUAACAAGUCCAACCGGUGAUUCGGUACGAGCAGAAGGAUGGAAUUUUCUUAGAAACCCGUCUUUUAUGUGGAGGGGUACGCCGGUUCCUUCGCCGAGAGUUGAAGUUAAUAUUAAAGACGGUGAAGGAACAUCAUCGGUUCAAAGUCAACAUACGGGUACAGUUGGUUUAUCUAGUGGUUCCGUUAGAUUACCGGUUUAGGUGGCUUCUGUCUUGUUCUAUCAAAAAAAGUUUGUGUUGUUCAUACAAAAGAUUUUACGCAAUUCUUUUAUAUUGUCUUUUUCCUUUUAUGAUGUAAGAUAUUUAAUGUCAAUCCCAUGGACAAGGAGAUUGUAUUGUUUUAUAUUA